AUGUUGUCGGAGAUCGAGUGUCGAGCACUCAGCGCCGUUCAUCAUGUCUUGCUUCAAGAUUUUGAGCCAAAUGAUGCUUUAAUUUAUUUAGAAAAUUCAAAAAUUUUCAACGAAGAUCAUUGCGAUAUAAUCAAAAGCAAGACAACGCGUCUCGAAAGAAUCAGCUGUUUCUUGCGAAUAUUUCGACGACAAGCCAACGAUUUGUCUCGUCUCAUCGAUUUUUUCGCAUACAACAAUCAAUCACAUAUAUCGAUAUUUUUGGACGAGUUUGUACAGUUUUCGAUCACCGAUCCUGACCAAUUAAGAGAAGUUGUAAUUGCUCCGAGACUUGUGCGAGACAUGAUGAAUCGAAAAUUGCUUCUUGGCGCUGUUCCAAGGCAAAUGACCGGAUUCCAAAGGGUUGAAAUUGUCGAUACAGUGAUUGAUAAACUCAAAGAAAUGGCGGAUAUUGACUGUUUUUUUCUUUUUUUGCACGGUCGCGCGGGUGCUGGAAAAACUGUCAUCGCUUCACAAGCUUUAUCAAAAUCCGACGAAAUUAUUGGAUUAUGUUUCGAAUCAGUUGUUUGGAUGAGAUGCGGAGAAAUUGAUAGCAAAUCGAAUUUCGAUAUUUUUUCCGACCUUCUUCUCAUGCUAAAAAGUGAAGAUGACUUAAUGAACUGCCCAAAUUUAGACAAUGUCACCUCAAUGGUUUUGAAGAAAAUGGUAAUAGCUAAUGCUUUGAUUGAUCGUCCGAACACUUUGAUUGUUUUCGAUGACGUCAUUCUCGAAGAAACAAUUCGAUGGGCUCAAGAGUUGAGGCUGCGCUGUAUUAUAACAACUCGAGACAUUGGUCUUGCGAAUGUCGCAUCAAUUACAGUUGAUUUUGUUGAAGUUCCGCCACUCGAUGAAGAUGAAUGCGGCCUUUUAUUGCAGUCAUUUGGAAUGCCGCAUCCGAUUGAUGAUAGUGAGAUGGAAAUUCUAAGCGAAGUGACUAAACUAUCAAGCGGCUCACCGGCUCUUCUUUCGAUUAUGAAUCAAAUGUGUGAUCCCAAAGAUUAUGAUAGACUUGAUCAAUUGGUAACUCGUCUUGAGACCCGUGGACUUUCUGCUAUUUCUUGCAAUAAUCCAUAUCGCUAUAAAUCAUUUGAUUUGGCACUUCGAAGGUGUGUCGAAUUAAUGACAAACGAAGAAAGAACGGCUCUCGGAUAUGCGGUUGUGAUUCCUCCUGGAGAGGAUAUUCCAUUGACAGUUUGGGCACAAAUCAUUCCCAUCGAACUUUGCUGUAAUGAUGCUUCGCAAAUUGAGGAGGAAGUUGGAGAUAUGCUUAACAGAUUAGCCAAGAAAGGUGACUGGUUUACUGUCAAACUAAUACCAUAUCGAAGUUAUUGUAUCGAUCACGUCAUUCAUCAUUUUCUUCGGCAUGUUGUGGACCAUGACACAAUUUCGAGCGGAAUUUCGAUUCUCGAAUCGAGACUAAAUGAAUUAUACACUGGAAAUAAUAAUCAAAAACUUCGCGGAGGAGAUUAUUUCGGAAAUUGUCCAGUUGAAGAAUACGCAGAUUUUAUGAAACGACAUCAUCGUUUUUAUGAUGCGCUUCGAAAAAUUUGCCAAAGAUAA